AUGUUACAGCUCCUACCUGGUGACAUUCCCACCCUUCAAUCCACGAGCACAGGUAAUUGGACCCGCCCGGACAAUGUCUUCGGCACUGAGGGCACGAUUGAGGCUGUUAUCUCCUGUUCCACCGAGCCGUUUCUGAGAGGACUGAAGACUGACCAUUUGCCAAUUCUCCUACCCCUCAACCUGGAGGUCCCCCAAACCGAUAUCACCUUGCGCUUGAACUGGCGCGACAUUGACUGGGAGCAAUUCAAUACAGCACUCAGCACUGCCCUGACCCCCCUUCCACCUCUCCCACUUGCCUCAGCAGAUGAGUUUCAACAAAUGGCCUGGCAUGUCAUGACCGCCAUCACGACAGCCAUGGACAAGUGCAUCCCUCACUCCAAGCCCUGCCCUCACUCCAAGCCCUGCCCUCACUCCAAGAGGUGGUGGACAUGCACUCUCUCCAACCUAUGA